GUGUCACAAUAUGUAGCACUUCCGUUUUAUCUGUAAAUUUCUCUAAAUUCUAUUUCACUUUUGUUAUUGUCAUGUGACUGUUGCAGGAAAUUCAUUGUGGUGAAGAACGACAUCAGACAAGACGGAGUAGAGAAAGACCCAGGCACAGAGCAAAAGAGUAAAAAUGGGUGGGAAUAAUGCAGGGAGUUAUAAAAGAUAGCAGAGACUGACCGAUAAAAAUAAACAGGAGGUAGCCAGGAAUGGAGAACUGGAGCAGGGGGCGUAGGAGAGGGGAGAGAAGGUAGAAUGGUGCAUUCUAAUGUUACUGAAAAUAUAGCAAUACAGACAGACAUAUAGAGAUAGAUAGAUAGAUAGAUGGAUUAUAGAUAGAUUAUAGAUAUCUAGAGAUAGAUAGACAGAUAGAGAUAGAUAUAUAGAUAUAGAUAGAUAGAUUAUAGAUAGAUAUAUAGACAGAUAGAUUAUAUAUAGAUUAUAGAUAUAUAGAUAGAUAGAUUAGAUUAUAGAUAGAUUGAUUAUAGAUAGAUAGAUAGAUAGAUAGAUUAGAUAUGGAUAGAUAUAGAUAGAUUAUAGAUAGAUUAUAUAUAGAUAGAUAGAUAGAUAGAUAGGCAGAUAGAAUAGAAUAGAUAGAUGUAGAGACAGACAGGUUGAUCACACAGAAAAUCUAGCUGAUAGAUACAUGAUAAACAAAUGAAACCUAGGUGUAAAAAUGGAGAGACUACUUAUGUGCCUUGGGAUAAUUUUGAUACCAGCAGUCUCAGCCAAGUUUCAGGUGCAGUCAGAGGAGAAAUUGGUGGCAGCAGUGGGAUCAGAUAUUCUAUUACCCUGCAACCUUUCACCACCUCUCAAUAGGACUGGAUUAGAAAUACGCUGGUUCUACAAUCUCUUUCAUAGCAUAGUAUUUCUGAUGAGAGAAGGAAGGGAAGAAAGACAGGAUCAGAUUGCAGAGUUUCGUGGGAGAGCAUUUCUCAGGGACGGCCCAGAGACUGGAGACCUGGCGCUCUCAUUGCUCAACGUCCGUCUCUCUGAUGCUGGAGCAUUUCACUGCUUUGUGGAGGAUGUCAGCAAUCAAAUCUAUGAAGAAGCAGUUGUGAACCUCAGCAUUGUGGGUAAGGGUUCUCCGCCUCACAUAGACAUCUCGCUACAAGGCAGCUUUAUUCGACUCUCCUGCUUCUCAUCUGGGUGGUAUCCUGAACAGAAAACUCAUUGGCUGAGAAAUAACAAAACUAUCAAACCGGACUCUGAAGCAUCCCACAAACAAAGUGAUGGUCUCUUCACAACAGAGAGUGAAAUUCUCCUGAAUUCAUCAUCCGAGGGUCAUUUUUACUGUGGAGUGAAACAUAGUAUGUCUGGUCUAGAAACUGGCGCCUACAUAAUUGUCUCAGAAGCCUUGUUCCCACGCGUUUCGCUUUGGAUGAUUUCCUUCAUCUUGCUUCUGAUAAUUUUGGUCUCUCUCUUAGCUGUGGCAUCCUGGGCCUAUUGUAGAUUUAAAAGAGAAAAAGAAAGAGAUCUAAGAAUAAAGAACAAUCAGCUGGGUAAGUUGCUAUAUGUAUAUAAGGUAAUGAGAGAAGUAUCCUACCCACUACAACUUCUAUAAAAAUAGUGUCUUUGC